CGUUGCCUUUGGCUGACAUUUAACGCGCGUUUAACUAAUUUCAUUUUAAAUUGUUGACAAUUAAGGGAAAUUGCCAAGACGAAUCGAGAGGCGGUAAAGAGCCGGAAAAGAGAGGUGGAUAAGGGGGGAAAAACGAGCCUGGCCCAAUGCCGAACACCACGUGCCAUGUCGCAGUUAAUUUGUUGGCAAUAAGUUGGAACACGAGGCCUAAUUACAACAACACGCACGACAUGACUGCAAAAUUUUCAUUAAAAUGAGCCACCAUGUAGAACAGUCACAGUCACAGCUUCUCCCACUCCUCUCCUCACCACUCCUAUCCUUUGCUCUCCCCAUGACCAUGACAAUGACAGGACAACUGGCAAAACCUCGUUGGAGGUCGACGUCGUCUACAAAAAAGGCUCGCAUUGCGUCGACAGCCGCAACAGUUGCAAUCGAGCAACGAGCAACGUGGGCUGACUGAGUGCCAAACAUGGCAACAACAGCAGCAGCAGCAGCAACAUUUGGAGAACGGGCUGGGCGACGACUUCACCAGCGUUUGGCCAUUGGACACGCCGUCUGGUGGAUACCUAACCCCAAGUCCCGCCCGCGUCCAAGCCCCGCGCCGAGGCCACGCAAUGUGGAGAACGUUGCGCAGAAAUUGUCAUUUGGCGCCGCGUUAAAGGAUUUGCUGCAGAAUUUCUCGUUCCACUGUUAUGGCAAAUUAGUCGAGCACGGAUAUCGCAAUCACGAACGCUUCUUCUGGCUCAUUUUCCAUAUAACAGCGCUGAGCGUGCUAAUCGCAUUCGUUUGGAAUACGUAUAAGGACGAGACCGAAGUGCUGGUCACCACCAUCUACAAUCCCCAAUAUCCUGUCAGUGAGGUGGAUCUACCCGCUGUCUCUGUCUGCAGCAUGAAUCGCAUCUCCAAGCGGGCGGUGCGAUAUUAUGCCCAGCAACUCAGCGACAAGGAUCACAGACAUCGCAAUGCCAGCUUCUUUUAUAGGGAACUUCGUGCGUUUGGCAUGUACUACGGCAGCGAAGAGUACUGUGACUAUCAGCAUGUGAUCGGACUUCAGAGAUUUCUUGAUGAUAAGGACACUGAACCCUAUGAGCUGUUCUUCAACACCAGAAGACACUUGCACGACUUGACGCCCAAUUGCAGCGAUAUGUUUGUCUCCUGUCGCUUGGCCGGACAAGCCUUCGAUUGCUUGACACAAUUUAGGGAAUCGCUAACCAACUAUGGCUUCUGCUGCACUUUUAAUUUGCGUGGGAGAUUCUUUAAGCCACGCCCUUAUUCCCAACGCUUCUUUGGCGCUGACAUGGGUUUAACGCUAACCCUAAAAUCCGAUCGCAACGAUAAUUACUACAAGAUGCACAAGCUAGUCGAAGGAUUUGCGAUCAUUAUCUACGAGCCUGAGAACUAUCCGGAUCCACAGUCGGGCGGCGUCUCCCUAAGAUUUGUCUCUUCCGGACGCAUUACACAGUUGCCAGUAAUACCAAGAAUUAUUGAGACGGUGCCGGAGGCGCGACACAUGAGUCCCCAGGUGCGCAACUGCUUCUUUGAAGAUGAAAUACCUCACAACUUCUCACAACGUUACACAUUCAGUAAAUGCAUCUCCGCAUGUCGAGCACGCAGCAUAUUCAGCUUAUGCGGAUGUUUGCCCUUCAAUAUACCUAUGAGCUUCAUACCCUUUGCCAUCGGACGUGUCUUCUGCACCCUCCAGCACAUGGAGUGUCUGCAGCGUUACAAAUUUAAAUGGCUGAAUGUCAUCACCACUCGCGAAUUUAUGCCCGGCCUGGAGCAUGAGCUCGAGGAUGCGCUCUACUGUCCCGACUGUCUGGCCUCCUGUUCCGAGAUACGCUACAAAGUCCGCGGCGCCAUGUCGCUGCCCCUCAAGGGUAACUUCAAGCCCAUGACUUUAAUUUUGUGCAGCAACAGCAACUACAGGAACAACAACAACAACAACAACAGCAGCAGUUUCGAUGCCAAUAACAGUUACAGCAGCCAUGACAGUUCCGAGUUGGCCGUUGUGCGUAUUUACUUUGCCGAAACGCAUAUUCAAUACUUUCGGCAGAUUAUUAAAAAUGCCUGGUACGAGAUCUUCAGUACAAUUGGCAACAUCUGCGGCAUCAUAGCGGGCUUCUCAUUGAUUGGCAUCUGCGAGCUGCUAUUUUUCCUAGCCAAACAAUUAUGGCAUGCAUACAAAGCGGAACUGAAGGCGGAGCUCUGUCAGUCCCAGUCCCAGUCACAGUCCAAGGCCCGGAGUCGGACUCGGAUCCGGGCUAAUGGCCGUGCAAAGGCAACUCAGCAGCAGCAGCAGCAGCAGCAGCCACGACGCGAACAGCAGCAAGAACAUGAGCUGGAGUUGGAGUUGGAGCCAAUGGAGCUGCUCAUACUGCCGUAAUUGAGAGCACCGGAGUCCGUGCCAAUUUUAAAGCUCACUGACUUUUAUACAGUUCUCCGUGCUCUGAGCUCUGCUCUUUACGCAUUUAUGUAGUCAAGUGUAGUUGUUGUAGUGUUCUGUGUGUAUAGUAGUUGUUGACCUGCGUAACAAAUGUUAAUUAUCGCGCACUGAGCAGCUGCCAACUGUGAUUGUAGGCUGGAAGCACAACUCAAGUGCACUUACUUUGCAUUGUCACAUAAAAAUAAACAGCACCAAGAGACAAAGUUGGGAGGCAGAGGAGGAAGGAGGCGGGGCAUCAAAUUGGUCUUGGACAUUUGCCCACUUUCUGAGCUAAGCAGCUGGACACAACAGUUGGCAAGAGUCGAAACAACAGUUAUGGACCACAAAAUCCAUGCGAUGCCUGCCUAAGCACAGUGUCUGCUAUUAGUCUUGGCACACUCGAAUGUUUUUGCCUGCAAUCAAAAUAAAUUUUUAUUUGUUGUCCUUUUGCCGAGAUUUUCAAGGCAGGGAGGGUAAACAAAAUGAAAUGACGACAUCGAGGCUGUUGUCAAAAACAAAAUGGUCACUUUUUUCAUUAAUUUAAUUGCAUUUCAAUAACCAACACUAAAGAAUGUAGCUGCGAAAAUUAAGUGAAAUACUUUUAAAGUCUCUAUUAAGAGUGUGUGUUGUCUGAUAAUAAAGUUGGCAAUAUUGCACGACGAGUAUUUUGUUGAGCAUUCGCAGCGCGUUUUAACUUAAUGAAAUUUUUGUGUGAGUUUUAACUUUGCAAUUGAUUUGCACAUUCUCUUAUAUGGCCAACGGGAGUACACACACACACAGACACAGACAACACUUAUAUAAAUAUCUGUGUGUGUAUCUGUGUAAAUGCCUUUGCACAGCAUCUGAAAAUUGAAAUGAUUUUGCCGUUGAAUUUGUAAGCGGGUUUGUUUGUUUUCCCAUGCAUAAAAACUGCCUAAAAAUUGCAAAAAAUUUAAAUGAACGCACUCGACUGGAGUAUUUGUAUCCGUAUCCGUAUCCGAAUGGCAUUCGCAGAUACAUGGCCUAGACAAACAUAGUAGCAAGAAAACAACACACACACACACAAAAUAAAAAAUAGGAAAAGGAAAAUUCUGGCUGGCUUUUCUCUGCUCUGCUCUGCUUUGCCUCGUGUGGCAUAUUAUCGCACAAUACAAUAUGUAUAUUGGAUUAUUUCGUUUUUGUUCGGCGAGUUCCCUAGGCUCUGGCUCUAUGACUACCUGAUGUCCGCCUCUCCCCUCCUCACUUUCCUUUCCCCCUCCCUCUGCUCCAACACACUUGGCAAUCUAUGAAAAGCCAGCUGUCUGUUGUCUGUUGAAUGGGGACUUUCAUUUCGUAGGGCACUAGUUAAGUUCUGUUUUCAAUUUACUUCAACAAACAUAUUUACCUUCUAUUCAUUUUUUUGUUAAACUUUGAUAAAUUUUAUGUAAAAAUUAAAUGUUGUUCAAAUUGUUUAACUGCAUUUGUUUUUUAGUGAUUUCGGAAGACAUUGCGACGUGAUUAGCUGUAAAUGUCUAUCGCAGCUUGACACUACAUUUAGUAGUAAUAAAUGUUUUGAGCUAAGAACUGUUAAUGAUCUACGAGUUGAAGCAACCACGACACGUGUCGAAAACUUUCCUCAAAACAGAUUCAAGUGUCUAGGGCUUCUCUGCAACUAAAAAUAAAUGCUAAUAGAUUUUGAUUGCCAAGUGGGGAGCGAAUAGAAAACUGAAGCCAAGUGUAUGCCAUAUUUAGUUUUCAAUGUCAGAGAUCAGAAACUCAUUUCAAGUUUCCAGGAAUAUCAACGCUGUCGAAAAGUUUUUGGGCAAUUAAAUGCAUAACAUACUACAUAUUCCAUCAGUUGACGAGGCUGGGCAGCAAUUUGCUAAAUGAACUAGAAGAUUUCUGGAAUUGCCUAAUGACGAGUUUGUUCUUAAAGCUAAAUAUUUGUAAA